UCCGGAACCCCCACCCAUCCCUGGCUGGCUGGCUGGCUGGCUCUCUUGUUGGAUGGAGAGCUCUUGAGAUCUGCGCAUCGCAGCCGGCGAACGUCCGGCCCCCCAACACUGGCCGAUCAUUUUGGGCGCGGCGUCCCCUCUGGGAUGGCGUUGCCUGCUGGCGCUCCCAGGCCUCUGGCUGGGUCCCCAUGGCACCUCCCUCCGUGGAGGCCAUGAAGGGGACGGGGAGCCGCGCAGCGACAAACCUGAUGAAAAGAUCAGAGAAGAGCUGUCAUACCUAUGUGCGCGUUUGUAUUUAAGAUAGUAACUGUCCCCUUUGAAGCCCCCAGCAGUGCUCCAGCCAGAACGGGGGCGCUGGCAGGUGUGUGAAGCUGCUCAUGCUUCUACGCUGCUUGAUUCACUUCAUGCACAGUAACAGAAGAGCCUUCCUGAGAUUACUGUUACCAUACCUGCCUGUCACCUUCUCAAGGUCGGCCGAUGUGGCCGAGGCUUCGGAGACCUCAGAGACUUGUUUCAAUACUCACAGAAACCUCCUACACCCUGGUGAUGGCACAUAGGGACUGUUUUCUUGCUCUAAGUUUGAAUAACUGCCAAGAAGGAAGGCAAAGGUAGAACAGUUGGAUCUCUGGCUCUCCCCAUAGCUUCUAAUCUCAGACUUUAUGAAACUCCUUUCUGAGCCCAAGGACAAAGCUCACUUGAACAAAUGGUUUUGAGUCAUGAAUGAAAAAUCUUGCUCUUUCCAUAAUGAGAAAGAAUUAAGGGAUGGACAGGUUGAAAGUGUGUCUGCUGGGUCCUCUCCACCAUGUGACAAGGACAACAGUGCUCUCCUGGCUUUCAGAGGUAUUCCUAUCUCAGCGCUGAAGAACUGCAGCGUCCUCCGGGCCCUGACAGCGGAAGCCAAUGGAUGGGUGCCAGGUGUUGUGAGCACAGAGGUGCUCAGAACCCAAGAAGAAUGGGAAGCCGUGGACAACAUCCAGCCAGAGACAGGGAGCCAGGCCAGCUCAGACCAGCCUGGGCAGCUAAUCUCCUUCAGCGAGGCCCUGCAGCAUUUCCAGACUGUGGACCUCUCUUCCUUCAAGAAAAGAAUCCAGCCAACAAUUCGAAGGACUGGACUGGCUGCCCUGCGGCACUGCCUCUUCGGGCCUCCAAAGCUCCACCAGGGCCUCCGUGAAGAAAGGGACUUGGUCCUGACCAUUGCUCAGUGUGGCCUGGAUAGCCGAGAUCCAGUGCAUGGCCGAGUCCUCCAGACCAUCUAUAAGAAGCUGACUGGCUCCAAAUUUGACUGUGCCCUGCAUGGAGAUCACUGGGAAGAUCUGGGCUUCCAGGGAGCGAACCCAGCCACAGACCUAAGAGGAGCAGGCUUCCUUGCCCUCCUGCAUCUGCUGUACCUGGUGAUGGACUCAAACACCUUGCUGAUGGCCCAGGAGAUUUUCCGCCUGUCUCGUCACCAUAUCCAGCAAUUCCCCUUCUGUUUGAUGUCCGUGAAUAUCACCCGCAUUGCAAUCCAGGCCUUAAGGGAGGAGUGUCUCUCCAGGGAGUGUAACCGGCAGCAGAGAGUGAUCCCCGUGGUGAACAGCUUCUAUGCCGCCACCUUCCUCCACCUUGCGCAUGUCUGGAGGACGCAGCAGAAGACCAUCUCAGACUCCGGCUUUGUCCUCAAAGACUUGGAAGUGUUGGCCAAGAAGAGCCCAAGGCGGCUGCUCAAGACCCUGGAGACCUACUUGGCCGGAGUAUCAAAGCGACAGGCCUCCCUGUUGGGAGCACAGAAGUGCUGUGGGCCACAAGCCCCUCACUCCAAGGACCUCACUUUCACAGGCGUGUGUGACCUGCUACCAGACUCAUCCGAAGGCACAUGGCUGAGCUGAUCACCCCCAGAGGCUGACGGAUAGAAAGACUUACCUGCUGGGCCACAGGGGGUUUUGGAGGGCGCAUGGCGAACCAUGUCAGGAUCAGCCUGGCUGAGCCAAGCCCCUUCCCAUCUCAGCAGAAAGGAUGGAGGAAGCUCCUGGGCCUGCGCGGGGAAGCCUCAUCCUCAUGAGACAUCAGGUGCAGUUAGACUUGACCCACUCCCCACAGACCUGCUUCCAGAACAAGAACUUGGCUGUAAUCCUGGUUGGGCUACAGCUUACCGAGUUGGGUUCCAGGUCAUCUCAAUGAGUGAAUGGCUUCAAUGAGUGGGAGGAGCCCCAUCUGGAUGUCCCAGGUGUCCCCACAUUGAAGGACAUUCCCAAGUAGAGACACCAGAGUUCUGCCUCCUGGGCAGCAGGCCUGUCAGGCCCCUGGUGGUCGUAGGACAGGAACCAGACAGGGACAUAUAGUAGCUAGAAUGUGAAGGGAGAAGAUAGUGGUGGCAGCAGCCAUGGGGGAGGGGAGGACAGCAUGAACCAGAGCAAGCUGCCCGGGUCUGCAGCUGGGCCUGCCUUACUCUGUCUGCUCCCUCCACCAGGCCAGUAUCAGGGCCCCUCUGGGGUUUCUGGCCUUGCACUUACCCCACUCCCCUCUCCCCAUCCCUCCUCCCUGCUGCUUAAGACACAGAACAGGGCCUUGGGGCCUUCCGUGAGGUAUCUCCAUUGCUGUCCAUCCUAAUUGCCCACCAGGUGCACUUCCCCCAUGGAAGCUGUGCAGCUCCCAUCAGGGAUGGUUUCCUAGCCUGGUGGAGGGAAGGAGGAAAUUCAUACACCAGCAGUUUUUGAAUAAAAGAAUUGUUCUGGG